AUGGGAGACUGGAACUUCCUUGGUGGCAUUUUGGAAGAGGUACAUAUCCACUCCACUAUGGUGGGGAAGAUCUGGCUGACCAUCCUCUUUAUCUUUCGCAUGCUGGUGCUCGGCGUGGCCGCAGAGGACGUGUGGAACGACGAGCAAGCUGACUUCAUCUGCAACACCGAGCAGCCUGGUUGCCGCAACGUUUGCUAUGACAAAGCGUUCCCCAUUUCCCUCAUCCGCUACUGGGUGCUGCAGGUCAUAUUUGUAUCCUCGCCCUCGCUGGUAUACAUGGGCCAUGCCCUCUACCGCCUCCGUGCCCUGGAAAAGGAGCGCCAACGUAAAAAGAUGGCACUGAGGAGUGAACUUGGAGCUGUGGAUGUGGAGAUGGCAGAGGUGCGACGCAAGAUUGAGCGCGAGAUGAGGCAGAUUGACCAGGGCAAGCUGAACAAAGCUCCAUUGAGGGGGUCUCUGCUCCACACCUAUGUGGCCCACAUAGUCACCCGCUCGGCCGUAGAGGUGGGGUUCAUGACUGGGCAAUAUCUCCUUUAUGGCUUCCAACUGGAUCCACUUUAUAAAUGUGAGCGGGAGCCCUGCCCAAACUCGGUGGAUUGCUUUGUAUCUCGACCCACUGAGAAAAGCGUCUUCAUGGUGUUCAUGCAAAGCAUUGCUGCCAUCUCAUUGUUCCUUAACAUUCUGGAGAUCAUGCACCUUGGCUACAAAAAAAUUAAAAAGGCCAUCUUGAAGUUCUACCCGCAACUGAGGGACGAUGUAGAUGAGAGCUACUAUACCAACAAGAUGAAGAAAGAUUCUGUGGUGCAUCAGACGUGCAUCGGCACCUCGGGUCGCAAGACCACCAUUGCAUCUGCAACCAGCGGAUUCAACCUUCUCCUUGACAAACCACCUGAUGGAUCUGCCUACCCCAUGAUCAACUCAUCCUCGGCUUUCUUGCCCGUUCAUAGUGAUAUGCCAAACAAAGACGGAUCCGAUGCACCAAAGUACUCGCAGCACAGUCCUACAGAGCACAACAGCAAUUCCAACAACACGAGCAGCGACACUCGCUCGCCACCUUGCGACUCUAUCACGCCUCCAAAGGACGAGGAAGAGGUGGAGGAUUCUCUGCCCUCACCGCCAACCAAGAAAAGGCAGGAGCCUUCAGACUCAUCAAGCCACCACAGGGACUCCUCUCACGCAUCAUCUUGUGUGGGAAAAAAGCCGUGGAAGGCUAGUGCGCCCUGGAAUUGUUCGACAGUUGUAGAAGGUACCGUCUCUGACUCUGAUUCUCUGGAUGGGGCAAAGGCCCACUGUCCCUAUGCAACAGUGCGAGGUCAUACUUCCUCCAGGUCCGACGCUAAAAGGAGCAGGCCGACCACUCCUGAUUCAGUUGAAGAAUCUAGUUCAGAGUCCCCGCACAGCCCGCAGCGAGCGUCACCAAGCCGUCGCACAUCACUGGCCAGCAGUGCCAGCAGCAGACGAGCAGCUCCCACAGACUUACAGAUAUGA